AUGUUCCAGAAAAUCGACAAGUAUCACGUGCGUGGACUCGUUGUCGAAACCCUGGCAUUCGAGGUCCCUCUGGACCAUUCCAAGCCCAAGAACGACAAGAUCCGUGUUUGUGCCCAGAGAAUCAACCCUUCGAAAACCGAAUCUAGCGAGCUCGAGAAGCGCCCCUACGUUAUUUUCUUCCAGGGCGGACCUGGAUUUCAGUGCACUCCGCCUCUGUCCAAGUCUGGAUUCAUCGAUGAACUGAUCCAGAGAGGCUUCCAGGUGCUGGCUCUGGACCAGCGAGGAACGGGUAUGAGCACGGCGAUUGACCCUGGGGAGUUGGGCAAAAUGGAGACACAAAAAGCAGCUGAUUACCUGACCCAUUUCCGAGCCGACAGUAUUGUCAGAGACGCCGAGAUGAUCAGAAAGGUGCUCGUCGGAGAAAAGGGCAAAUGGACUAUUAUGGGCCAGUCUUUUGGUGGUUUCUGCUGCUUCACCUACCUUUCCUUUUUCCCCGACUUUGUCAAACAGGCCAUUGUGACUGGUGGUAUUCCUCCUACCGCUAAUAACCCCGACAAGGUGUACAAGGCUCUGUAUCCUGUUGUUGCCCAGCGGAACAAGUACUAUUACGCAAAGUACCCUGAGGACCAGAAGCGAGUGUCCCACAUUCUGGAUUAUCUUCGAAACAACAAAACCACGCUUCCCAACGGUGGAAACCUGUCUCCUGAACGGUUCCAGCAGCUUGGAUUGUCUCUAGGUAGCCACAAUGGAGCCGACACAAUUCACCUCAUUGUUCUGCGGCUGUUUGACGAUCUUGAGGUAAAUGGAAGACCCUCAUUUUUCAUUCUCGACAAGAUCCAAGUCAUGCAUUCAUUCGACACCAACCCGAUUUAUGCUAUUCUGCAUGAAUCCAUUUACUGCCAGAAGGAAGCCUCCAACUGGUCGGCUGAUCGGCUGAGAGCCGACUUUCCCGUCUUCAUUUCUGAGAACGACAAAGUUCCCACCUAUCUCACUGGAGAGAUGAUCUACAAGAGCAUGUUUGAGGACUACACUGAGCUGCGACAGCUGAAACCUGUGGCUGACUUGCUUGCUGAGAAGAAGGACUGGCCGGACCUGUACGACUACAAGCAGUUGAAGGCUAACAAGGUCCCGAUUGUCGCUGCCACGUACUUUUCAGACAUGUAUGUGGAGUUCAACUUGGUUCAGGAGACGGCUAAUGAGACGGGGAACAUAAAGCAGUGGAUUACUAACGAGUAUUUCCAUGGUGGAUUGCGAGCGAACCCGAAGGAGGUUCUGGGACAUUUGUUUGAUUUACUGGAGGUGGAUUUCGAGUAA